UUUAGUAGUUUAUUUUCUUCAGUCUGUUAUGGCGUCAUCAAAAGAGGCUGUCUCCGGAGGCAUCAAAUACGUCAACAUAAAGCUGGAUGUAAUUUUCUGUGUCCUUGAUUUUUAUGAAAGAAGAGGGGCCAAUGACCAACGAGUAAUGGGAACACUUCUUGGAUCUCAUGAUGCUGGGGGUGUUAUUGAGGUUAAUGCUUGCUUUAUGGUUCCUCAUAAAGAGUCGGACGAUGAAGUGGCAGUUGAUAAGCUUGCUGCUCACAGAAUGUUUGAACUGCACAAGAAAGCAAAUCCUUCAGACACAAUUGUUGGAUGGUUUGCCACCGGCAAUUCAAUCAAUGAGCAUUCACUGUUGAUUCACGAGUUCUACACAGGAGCAUGUGUCAAGCCACCUGUGCAUGUCUUAGUUGAAACUAUAUCGAAAAUUAACCGAAGAAUUGAUGUCAAGGCUUUUGUUAGCUCUCCAAUGGGAGUACCAAAACAGACUCUGGGACAUAUGUUUAAUCCCGUGACUCUCAACAUUGUGCAACAUUCAGCUGAUACUUCAGCGGUCGAAAUAUUCAAACAGGGAAUUGUAGAAAAGUCCAAGGUCUCUCCCGCCUUGAGUGAUAUAGAUCUAGUGCGCUCUAGCUGUGAACUGAUACUGGGUAGGCUUGAUCAAUUGAUUGGGUAUGUAGAAUCUGUGCUAGAUGGGAAAGUUCACGGCGACAGCCACGUGGGACGAAUGCUGACAGAGCUCAUUAUGAAUCUUCCGCAGGUCAAACCGGAACAGUUCAAAGAAACAAUCAACCGAGGUCUGAAAGAUAACUUGAUGGUGUUGUACUUGGCCAAGUUGAUCGAAAACCAAAUUUCAAUUCAGGACAAAUUGUUGACAAUGGCACUGAAUGCAUAAAUAAAAUUAUUUACCAAGCUAUUAUUAUUGGAUGUCGCUUCUACUGUGAAUUAAUUUUUUGGUAUUUGC